GCUCGGGGACGAGGGGCUGCACCGAGCACGGCUCCCGCGCAGAGAGGCACCAUGAAGCCCCUCGCCCUGCUGACCCUCCUGGCCCUCCUCACCCUUGGCCUCUGCCGCAGAGCCGCCGAGCGCUCCAUCAGCGCAGAUGACUCGCCCAGCUCCGAAGCCUUUGUCUCCAAACGCGCCAGCGCCGAGGUGGUGCGGAGGCACAAGAGGAAUUACGUCUAUGACAGCAGCGUCUACGGUGUCGUGCGAGACCCACUGGAGGCCAAGCGCGAGGUGUGCGAGUUCAACCCCAACUGCGACGAGCUGGCUGACCACAUCGGCUUCCAGGAGGCGUACCGGCGCUUCUACGGCCCCGUCUAGCCCCCACCUCCCCCCACAGCCGGGCCGCGGCCCUACGGGUGCUGGAU